GCAGAAACAACCGAGAGGACCUGCAAAAGGGAUAAAAAACAGAGACUUGAUAGCCGACCGGAGGGUUCUAACAGCCCCCGUCACACACAACCAUGAGCACCAACACCUGGGGGGUGGGAUUUCGCCGAGAAUGCAAAGGAAGACGAAUCCUGAGAGACGCCAACGGACCCGAACGAACAGUAAAAGGGGCACUAUGGACAAGCUGAAUAUGAGCAGCGACGACGUGGAACAACUGCGACAAGCAUUCUUAUUACAAUCGGCGUCCAGUCUGUCGGAAAGCGACGCCAUGAUCCCUCGAAUGAGCUUCUGCAUUCCGCACCGCUUUCAGAUUUCGCCCGCCAAAUUCUUCUCACAUAGCACCUGCGGACACUGUGCGAAGAAACCCAACUACAAGCAGAAGGCCUGGAAGUGCACUGAGUGCGCCAUGGUCGCCCACGACGAAUGCAAGUCACACAUACUGCCCAAGUGCGGGCUGCGUGAUCUCGACUUGGGCGUGAAUGUACAAACCAACGAUUCGCUCAAACUCUCAAUGGUCGAAGCCGCCACGCGGCAGGGCAGGUACAUUCCAUUCAUAGUGGAGGCGCUGCUCAUGAAAAUGACAAGGAGGGCGUAGAUCAAGAGGGCAUAUACCGAGUCUCUGGCACACACACUGAGGUAACAGACCUACUCCAAAUGUUCACCUACGGAAAACCGAAUCUACACAAGGUUGAUGUACACUCGUGCACGGGAUUGCUGAAGAAAUAUUUUAGGGAAAUAAUACCAGAGCCUCUACUAACAUACGAGCUCCAUGACGAUCUCAUUCGGAUUGUGG